GUAUAAGAAUGACAAGGUAAAAAAGCUGUGCAAAAAAUUAUGCAUGUUGUCAACAUACGGAAAAAUAUUGAGCGAGGGACUGUAUUGGCUGAUAGAGCGGCCAGAGCAAACUAUAAUGCCCCGUUAAACCUGUAGCACUUUUAAGCAUAAACUUAUUGAAUACAUUUUAAUUACCUAUACAUAUAAGAAACUUUACAAAUUUGCGAAACAACAAUUCAAUUAGGCACACAUAAACUGUUCCAUUUGUUUUGUUUCUCAAUUAUCUGAAACACAAUGAAUUGUGAACAGAAUUUAAGUUUUAAUGAAAUUAUUACCAAAGAAUUUGUGCAAAAUGCACUAGAAAGUGAAGCAAACGGUGCUCCCGUACCGGAAAUAAUUUCCCACUCUGCCACCCUCGGCACCAAACCGGGCGAUAAUUACAUGAGCGUCAUUUACUCCGUUGACGUUACCUUAUCGGACGGAACUAAACGUCACCUGCUGAUAAAAUGUUAUCCGAGUCAUCCAAAGCGUCAGGAAUUUGCCAACAAGAGCAACAUGUUUUUCAGGGAGUGUGAAGUGUAUUCAAAGUGGAUACCGGAAUUGCAGCGAUUACAGAGAGAAGUGUUUGGUCCUGAUAAAGACGAAGCUGUUAAGCUGCCCUAUGCAAAAUUCGUGCACGGUCAAUGCAUCAAUUUUCAAUCUGAAGAAGGUAAAAAUCGACUCUCAGCCGGUCCGAUCAACUCCCUGGACAACUUUAUAAUUUUAAAUGACCUCAGAAAAACGGACGGAUUCCGAAUGGCGAAUCGACUCCAACCUCUCGACAUGGACCACAUGAACCUUCUUAUCUCCGCCUUAGCCAGAGUACACGGCCUCAGUUGGGCAUAUCGUUCCCAAGUGGAAGCCGAUAUCACUGGAAAAUUUUCAUUUUUGAAGUCCAAUAAGACAGAGAAAAGCAUUAUCGGUUGGAAUAAAGUAAUGUUGUCCAGUUUGGCACAAGCGAAGGAUAUGUUUGAUAAGGAAUUUGGUCUUGGAAAUGACUGCUCCGUGGCAGCAGAUCGUUUCAAGGAACACGUCGAUGCUACGGCGAAACUGCUGUUGGGAAUUUGUACGGCGGAAGGGAUGGAGAAACGGUUUCGGAUUAAGGAACCAGAUCAGGAAAAAUUUGGGAGGGAUGCAGAAAAUCCUGAACCCUGGCGAAUCAUAUGUCACGGUGACUGCUGGAUCAACAACAUGCUUUUCCGUUAUGACCCAGUGACCGGAAAACCUCUCGAAAUCGUCCUCGUCGACCUUCAACUCGUCCAAGAGACAUGCCUUGUCAACGAUCUCUCCUACGUUACCCACGUCUGUGCUCGGCUGGAAAGGUCACAACUCGACAACCUCCUCCACCUUUAUCAUGACACGUUCAACAGCGUCUGCAAAAAAUUGCGGACACCAACGCUGCCUGGAUUUUGCAUGGACUCUCUCCGAUUUCGGUUCCAUCGGGCCAAGUUUCUCGGCUAUUAUACCGCCAUGCUGGACAUCCCAAUUAUGCUGAAGGAGACAAAAGUCGGCGACAUGGAGGACAUGGAAGAAGGACAAGACGUAGCGGGAACAUUGGCAGAAUUGUGUUCCGAUGCUGGAAGCAAUGCCCGAAUUAAGGAGAGACUGGUCGAAAUUACGAAAAAAAUGAUUGAAGAUGGUGUUCUAUAAGUCUAAAAAUAAAGCUUCUAAUGGUGAAUUGCUUUCGUCUUGUUCUAUUUUAAUGCUUUUUAAGCCCAAAUGUGUUAGUAAUAAAAAAUGAGCAUAUGCAAUUUAUCAAGUAA